GAAUUGGAUUUGGUUAGACAAUGUGUGGUUGGUAAACAAGGAUAGAUUUUUUAGCAAGGUACGAAAUGUAUCGUCAAAUAUUCAAUAUGAUUCUACAAGAUCUAGUUUCGUUCAAGUAACGGAUUCUAGCCAAUUGAACGGAUCUUCUGAUCAAUUCAUAGAUCCUUUCGAUUCCAUUAGUAAUGAGGAUUCGGAAUAUCACUAUCACACAUUGAUCAAUCAAAGAGAGAUUCAACAACUAAAAGAAAGAUCGAUUCUUUGGGAUCCUUCCUUUAUUCAAACGGAAGGAAGAGAGAUAGAAUCAGACCGAUUCCCUAAAUACCUUUCUGGAUAUUCCUCAAUGCCCCGGCUAUUCACGGAACGUGAAAAGCGAAUGAAUAAUCAUCUGCUUCCGGAAGAAAGCGAAGAAUUUUUUUGGAAUUCUACAAGAGCCAUUCGUUCUUUUUUCUCUGACAGAUGGUCAGAACUUCAUCUGGGUUCGAAUCCUACUGAGAGGUCCACUAGGGAUCAGAAAUUGUUGAAGAAAGAACAAGAUGUUUCUUUUGUCCCUUCCAGGCGAUCGGAAAAUAAAGAAAUAGUUAAUAUAUUCAAGAUAAUUACGUAUUUACAAAAUACCGUCUCAAUUCAUCCUAUUUCAUCAGAUCUGGGAUGUGAUACGGUUCCGAAGGAUGAACUGGAUAUGGACAGUUCCAAUAAGAUUUCAUUCUUGAACAAAAAUCCAUUUUUUUAUUUAUUUCAUCUAUUCCAUGAACGGAAGAGGGGGGGAUACACGUUACGCCACGAUUUUGAGUCAGAAGAGAGAUUUCAAGAAAUGGCAGAUCUAUUCACUCUAUCAAUAACCGAGCCGGAUCUGGUGUAUCAUAAGGGAUUUGCCUUUUCUAUUGAUUCCUACGGAUUGGAUCAAAGACAAUUCUUGAAGGAGGUUUUCAACUCCAGGGAUGAAUUGAAAAAGAAAUCUUUAUUGGUUCUACCUCCUAUUUUUUAUGAAGAAAAUGAAUCUUUUUAUCGAAGGAUCAGAAAAAAUUGGGUCCGGAUCUCCUGCGGGAAUUUUUUUGAAGAUCCAAAACCAAAAAGAGUGGUAUUUGCUAGCAACAACAUAAUGGAGGCAGUCAAUCAAUAUAGAUUGAUCCGAAAUCUGAUUCAAAUCCAAUUCCAAUAUAGUCCCUAUGGGUACAUAAGAAAUGUAUUGAAUCGAUUCUUUUUAAUGAAGAGACCUGAUCGCAACUUCGAAUAUGGAAUUCAAAGGGAUCUAAUAGGAAAUGAUACUCUGAAUCAUAGAACUAUAAUGAAAGAUACGAUCAACCAACAUUUAUCGAAUUUGAAAAAGAGUCAGAAGAAAUGGUUCGAUCCUCUUAUUUUUCUUUCUCGAACCGAGAGAUCCAUAAAUCGGGAUCCUAAUGCAUAUAGAUACAAAUGGUCCAAUGGGAGCAAGAAUUUCCAGGAGCAUUUGAAACAUUUCGUUUCUGAGCGGAAGAGCCGUUUUCAAGUAGUGUUCGAUCGAUUAUGUAUUAAUCAAUAUUCGAUUGAUUGGUCUGAGGUUAUUGAUAAAAAAGAUUUGUCUAAGUCACUUCGUUUCUUUUUGUCCAAGUUACUUCGUUUUUUGUCCAAGUUACUUCUCUUUUUGUCUAACUCACUUCCUUUUUUCUUUGUGAGUUUCGAGAAUAUCCCCAUUCAUAGGUCUGAGAUCCACAUCUAUGAAUUGAAAGGUCCGAACGAUCAACCCUGCAAUCAGUUGUUAGAAUCAAUAGGUCUUCAAAUCGUUCAUUUUAAAAAAUUGAAACCCUUUUUAUUGGAUGAUCAUAAUACUUCUCAAAAAUCGAAAUUCUUGAUCAAUGGAGGAACAAUAUCACCAUUUUUGUUCAAUAAGAUACCAAAGUGGAUGAUUGACUCAUUCCAUACUAGAAAGAAUCGCAGGAAAUCUUUUGAUAACACGGAUUCCUAUUUCUCAAUCGUAUCCCACGAUCAAGACAAUUGGCUGAAUCCCGUGAAACCAUUUCAGAGAAGUUCAUUGAUAUCUUCUUUUUCUAAAGCAAAUCGACUUCGAUUCUUGAAUAAUCCACAUCACUUCUGCUUCUAUUGUAACAAAAGAUUCCCUUUUUAUGUGGAAAAGGCCCGUCUCAAUAAUUCUGAUUUUACGUAUGGACAAUUCCUCACUAUCUUGUUCAUUCACAACAAAAUAUUUUCUUCGUGUGGUGGUAAAAAAAAACAUGCUUUUUUGGAGAGAGAUACUAUUUCACCUUCGUCAAUCGAGUCACAGGUAUCUAACAUAUUCAUAUCUAACGAUUUUCCACAAAGUGGUGACGAAAGGUAUAACUUGUACAAAUCUUUCCAUUUUCCAAUUCGAUCCGAUCCAUUAGUUCGUAGAGCUAUUUACUCGAUUGCAGACAUUUCUGGAACACCUCUAAUAGAGGGACAAAGAGUAAAUUUGGAAAGAACGUAUUGUCAAACUCUUUCAGAUAUGAAUCUAUCCGAUUCAGAAGAGAAGAGCUUGCAUCAGUAUCUCAAUUUCAAUUCAAACGUGGGUUUGAUUCACACUCCAUGUUCUGAGAAAUAUUUACAGAGGAAAAAACGGAGUCUUUGCCUAAAAAAAUGCGUUGACAAAGGGCAGAUGGAUAGAACCUUUCAACGAGAUAGUGCUUUUUCAACUCUCUCAAAAUGGAAUCUAUUCCAAACAUAUAUGCCAUGGUUCUUUACUUCGACAGGGUACAAAUAUCUAAAUUUGAUAUUUUUAGAUAUUUUUUCAGACCUAUUGCGGAUACUAAGUAGCAGUCAAAAAUUUGUAUCCAUUUUUCAUGAUAUUAUGUAUGGAUUAGAUAUAUCAUGGCGAAUUCUUCAGAAAAAAUUGUGUCUUCCACAAAGGAAUCUGAUAAGUGAGAUUUCGAGUAAGUCUUUACAUAAUCUUCUUCUGUCCGAAGAAAUGAUUCAUCGAAAUAAUGAGUCAUCGUUGAUAUCGACACAUCUGAGAUCGCCAAAUGUUCGUGAGGUCCUCUAUUCAAUCCUUUCCUUCUUCUUGUUGCUGGAUAUAUCGUUCGUACACAUCUUCUCUUUGUUUCCCGAGCCUAUAGUGAGUUACAGACAGAGUUCGAAAAGAUCAAAUCUUUGAUGAUUCCAUCAUACAUGAUUGAGUUGCGAAAACUUCUGGAUAGGUAUCCUACAUCUGAACAGAAUUCUUUCUGGUUAAAGAAUCUUUUUCUAGUUGCUCUGGAACAAUUAGGAGAUUGUCUAGAAGAAAUACGGGGUUCUGGCGGCAACAUGCUAUGGGGUGGUGAUCCCGCUUAUGGGGUCAAAUCAAUACGUUCUAAGAAGACAGAUUUGAAAAUAAACUUCAUCGAUAUCAUCGAUCUCAUAAGUAUCAUACCAAAUCCCAUCAAUCGAAUCACUUUUUCGAGAAAUACGAGACAUCUAAGUCAUACAAGUAAAGACAUCUAUUCAUUGAUAAGAAAAAGAAAAAACGUGAGCGGUGAUUGGAUUGAUGAUAAAAUAGAAUCCUGGGUCGCGAACAGUGAUUCGAUUGAUGAUAAAGAAAGAGAAUUCUUGGUUCAGUUCUCCACCUUAAGGGCAGAAAAAAGGAUUGAUCAAAUUCUAUUGAGUCUGACUCAUAGUGAUCAUUUAUCAAAGAAUGACUCUGGUUAUCAAAUGAUUGAACAACCGGGAACAAUUUACUUACGAUACUUAGUUGACAUUCAUAAAAAGUAUCUAAUGAAUUAUGAGUUCAAUACAUCCUGUUUAGCAGAAAGACGGAUAUUCCUUGCUCAUUAUCAGACAAUCACUUAUUCACAAACUUCGUGUGGGGCUAAUAGUUUUCAUUUCCCGUCUCAUGGAAAACCCUUUUCGCUCCGCUUAGCCCUAUCCCCCUCUAGGAGUAUUUUAGUGAUAGGUUCUAUAGGAACCGGACGAUCCUAUUUGGUCAAAUACCUAGCGACAAACUCCUAUGUUCCUUUCAUUACAGUAUGUCUGAACAAGUUCCUGGAUAACAAGCCGAAAGGUUUUUUUCUUGAUGAUAUCGAUAUUGAUGAUAGUGACGAUAUUGAUGCUAGUAACGAUAUUGAUCGUGAACUUGAUACGGAGCUGGAGCUUCUAACUAUGAUGAAUGCGCUAACUAUGGAUAUGAUGUCGGAAAUAGACCGAUUUUAUAUCACCCUUCAAUUCGAAUUAGCAAAAGCAAUGUCUCCUUGCAUAAUAUGGAUUCCAAACAUUCAUGAUCUUGAUGUGAAUGAGUCGAAUUACUUAGCCCUCGGUCUCUUGGUGAACUCUCUCUCCAGGGAUUGUGAAAGAUGUUCGACUAGAAAUAGUCUUGUUAUUGCUUCGACUCAUAUUCCCCAAAAAGUGGAUCCCGCUCUAAUAGCCCCGAAUAAAUUAAAUACAUGCAUUAAAAUAAGAAGGCUUCUUAUUCCACAACAACGAAAGCACUUUUUCACUCUUUCCUAUACUAGGGGAUUUCACUUGGAAAAGAAAAUGUUCCAUACUAAUGGAUUCGAGUCCAUAACCAUGGGUUCCAGUGCACGAGAUCUUGUAGCACUUACCAAUGAGGCCUUAUCAAUUAGUAUUACACAGAAGAAAUCAAUUAUAGACACUAAUACAAUUAGAUCUGCUCUUCAUAGACAAACUUGGGAUUUGCGAUCCCAGGUAAGAUCGGUUCAGGAUCAUGGGAUCCUUUUCUAUCAGAUAGGAAGGGUUGUUGCACAAAAUGUACUUAUAAGUAAUUGCCCCAUAGAUCCUAUAUCUAUCUAUAUGAAGAAGAAAUCAUGUAACGAAGGGGAUUCUUAUUUGUACAAAUGGUACUUCGAACUUGGAACGAGCAUGAAGAAAUUCACGAUACUUCUUUAUCUUUUGAGUUGUUCUGCCGGAUCGGUCGCUCAAGACCUUUGGUCUCUACCCGGACCCGAUGAAAAAAAUAGGAUCACUUCUUAUGGAUUCAUUGAGAAUGAUUCG